AUGGAUGAUUCGAGAUUAAAAGCAACAGCGUCAUUUGCAAGUGAAGCCACCCUUGGCCAUAAGGGAUCUGGUUUGGUUUCACCAUCACCGCUUUCACAAAAGCCGUCGUUGCCACCCUCCUACAAUGACUCAACCACACUCGCUGCACAAAGCCCUGCACCCACUACUGAUAACAACACCAACGACGAUCAAACCAAGGGUGCCAAAGCUAAAGCUCUAGCUAAAAAGCUGUUUAAAAAAUAUUGGUUUUUGCUUGGCCUUGCCAUUGUCAUUUCAGUUGCAAGGGCGGCACCCGAUGUUGCCAGAAAAGGCGGUUACAUUCAUGCAGAAUGGUCUAUCAAGUGGGGUGCUGUUAUCAUCAUCUUUUUGAUCUCGGGACUCUCGCUACGCACAAAGAUUUUGACGCAAACAUUGCUACGCGUACGGCUGCAUUUGCUUGUGCAGAUCAUCAAUCUUAUCAUCAUCCCAUUCUUUGUCUUUGGUCUUGUGUUGUUGUUAUUCAAGUUACACACGCCCAUGAACUCGUUGGUGUUGAUGGGUGUUGUCAUUGCCGCUAGUACACCCACCACCGUCUCAUCCAAUGUUGUCAUGACAAAGAACGCCAAGGGAAAUGAAGCGACAGCACUCAUGAAUGCAGCUUUGGGCAACGUGCUUGGCAUCUUUAUUUCACCCGCUCUUGUGGACACCUUCCAGGAACCAUUGAUCGAAGCAACACCCGAAAAUGAAACGGCCCAAGCCGGUGGAUCCGUUGAUUUUGUAUCUGUGCUCAAACAGCUUGGCCUUACUGUGCUGGUGCCUUUGGUUGUUGGCCAAAUCAUUCAACUCAUCUUUACCGAGCAAGUUGCCAGGAUCAAGGUCAAAUGGCGAUUGUCAGAUGUUAGCAGCGUAUGCUUGCUCCUCAUGGUGUGGUCCGUUUUUUGCGACGCUUUUUACGCUGGCUCAUUCAAUUCGGUUUCGGCCACUGAUAUUGUCGCUGUCGUUAUCAUGAACUUUGGAUUUUACAUUCUUUUCUCUUUGCUCGCCAUGUUCUUGGCAUACAUUCCAUUUCCAUCAUCGCUCAAGGAACCACGUUGGGUCAAGCGCAUGCGCUUCUCUCGUGAGGAUACCGUUGCUGUCAUGUUUUGCGGUGCUACCAAAACGGUUGCCAUGGGUGUGCCAUUGAUCAAUGUCUUGUAUGAGAGUGGUGAUCCAGGCACAGUGGGUGUUUUAUCUACACCUCUCCUUUUGUACCAUGUUGAGCAAUUGAUUCUUGGCAACAUUGAAGUUGACAUUUUGAAACGAUGGGUACAAAAGGGCAACGAACGUGAUGCUGCCAAAGAAAAGGAAAUGCCACCUGCUCGUGACGAGGAAGACCAUGCCGAUGACAUGCCACCACGUUCACCAUCACCUGUCGAAACGUUGAGCAACAAGCCAUACACCUUGUCAGCUGAUCACGGUGGCAAACAUCAUAGCACUUCGGAUGAAAAGACGCAACAAACGUACGACGAGAAGCAGCAACAACAACAUGAUGAUGCUAUUGAGUAUAUGCAUCAAGGUGCAGCUACCAAGACGAAUGGUGGACAUCAUAUGGAAACGAUUCUUUUGGACGAUGAGAUUGAUCCUUCGCGACCAACAUCAGCAACCAUGAUUGAAGAUCGUUCAGCCAUUAAUGAAUCGCGACAAACCAUGCGUCAAAGCAGUGAUAUCACCAGCCAACAACACGGCAAUCAUACCAAUUCAACGCUAUUUACCUCUGAGUUUUCAUUGGAAGCAUCUCAUUUAUCAAACGAUAGCCAUUAUUCCACCUCGCAGCAUACAUCAUCACGGCAUCCACAGUAA